ACCCAUCCUACUUACUCCCCUUCUCUUCUAGCCAUAACUAGCAAAUCCUAGAGCGAACCAAGUUCCCAUCUUUAAAAAAAAAAAAAAAAAAAAAGUUUGAAAACGAUGGGAAGGUUUGGCUUCUGUGGAGCAUUACUUGUCAUUCUUGGCCUGGUUUUAGCCAGCAGCAUUGGCUCUGCCCAGGCCCAAUUGACGAUGGGUUUCUACUCCAAGAGCUGCCCGAAAGCAGAGAAGAUAGUUCAGGACUACGUCAAUCAACACAUCCCCAAUGCUCCUUCUCUGGCUGCUACUUUCAUCAGGAUGCAUUUCCAUGAUUGCUUCGUCAGGGGCUGUGAUGCAUCGAUCCUUCUGAACACGACUUCAGGGGAGCAAACUGAGAGACAGUCCCCGCCCAAUCUUUCGCUCCGAGGGUUCGACUUCAUCGACAGGGUGAAGAGCCUCGUGGAAGCUGCGUGCCCUGGAGUUGUGUCAUGUGCUGAUGUCCUCACUCUCAUCACCAGGGACUCCAUUGUUGCCACUGGAGGUCCUUCUUGGAAAGUACCCACUGGUAGAAGAGACGGCUUGAUCUCCCGAUCAUCGGAGGCUCUGAACAACAUUCCCCCUCCGUUCGGUAACAUUACCACUCUCAGAACUAUGUUCGCCAACCAAGGACUCGAUUUGACAGACCUUGUACUGCUUUCAGGUGCACACACCAUCGGCGUGGCUCACUGCUCCUCCUUCACCAACCGUCUCUACAACUUCACCGGCAGGGGAGACGAGGACCCAGCUCUGGACAGCAACUACGCCGCCAAUCUGAAGGCGAGGAAGUGCAGAAGCAUCGGCGACACCACGACGAAAGUGGAGAUGGACCCCGGAAGCAGGAACACGUUCGAUCUCAGCUACUACAGCCUCCUGCUGAAGAGGAGAGGGCUGUUCGAGUCCGAUGCUGCCCUGACUUCCGACUCUGCUUCGCUGCGAGAGGUUAACAAGAUCGUGAAGGGCUCUGUUCAGGAUUUCUUCACUAGGUUUGCCGAGUCCAUGGAGAAGAUGGGUAGCAUCGGUGUCAAGACUGGAUCCGUUGGUGAAAUCAGGAAGCAAUGUGGUCUUGUCAAUGGCUAAUUAAGAGGCUGCUGCGUUUGCAUUCUGGUUUUGAAGAUUGUUAUUAAUUGUAUUUUUGUUGUUGCUGUUGUUGGGUUGUUAAUAUUUAUGAUGGUUUGAAGAGAGGGGAUCUUGAGGAGGCUAUAUGUAUACUGGAUGUGCUGAGGAGUGGUGGGUGUUUGGUGAGUUUUUAUUCAAUUAGUGAUGUAAUAAUAAUGGUUGGUUCCUUUGGUAUGGCAGGAAUAAUAAAAACUUUUGUUAUCAUUUUGACUUGCUUAUCAUUCACAUUAAUUAUGGUAUCAUAUCACUUCCUGUUUACCCUACUACUACCUUAUCCUUCAUAUAUGGAAAUCCCGGGACAAGCUAAGGUGCUAAUCUUAUAGAGGGUUAACACCGUACUAACUAAUAUUUAAGUGGUUUAAUUUUAUUUUUUAUUAAAUGGCUAUAAUUAAAGAAAGGGUAUAAUAGGAAAUAAGAAGAAAAUUAAAAAAUAUGAAAUUAAUAUCAUUUACGGAAAGUUACUUCUGUUUUUAAAUCAAAUCUGUUUGUUUUAGUGGGGCUGAUUUGUAGGGAUUGGGACGGUUAGGAGUUUUGAUUUUUUGAAAACGGGUCUGUAGUAGUUUGAUGUGAACAUAUGGUAGUGUUUAUGUUCAUGAUUGAACUGGGACUAUGUAGUUUCGUCAAUAUUGAGGUGCAAUAUUUUGGUAGUAGUGGUUUUUACGAAUGCGUGUGUAGCGUUUUGUGAUUGACGUGCUAAUGCUUGUGUAGGGUUUAUUAUUGAUGGCAUGGAAGUGACUGUAGUGUGAUGUGUACCUAUGGUAGUGUUUAUGCUGAAGUUUGAACUGGGACUAUGUAGUGUUGUGAGUCAAUAUUGAGUUAAUACGGGGACCGGUUAUUGUAACAACACCCAUUGUGUUGUUAUUGUAACAACACUAGUCCCCAACCAAUAGAAAGCUAGGAUUGUGAUGACUUUUUAUUAGAUGAGUUGACCUAGUGUAAAAUCAAAGCAGGGGUAUAAUUGUCAUUAUGAAAAAUCUAUUUAAAUAAUAAAUUAAAAAAAUAAAAAAUUUAAAAAAUAUUUUUUUUAUUUUCUGCCCAAAAAUUUGGUCGUCGGAAUUCUGCCACCGGUCACCGGAAUAUGCUUUUUGUCGCCGGAAUAUGCUUACCGGCGUCUGAAUCUAGUCACCGGGGCCGGAAUAUGCCUAUCGGCGUCGAAAUCUGCUCACUGACGGUCACCGGAGUUCGGUCAACGAACUUCGUUGAACGGUCAACGGUCAACGACCACCGGAUGUUAUGGUUAGCAUUGUGAGAUUUAUGGUUUGGUUUCUCAUAUUUUUUAUGCCUUUUAUGGUUUGUUUUAUUGUGUUUGUGGUUUGCAUUGAGAAGUUUCUGGUUUGUUUUCAAAAACUUUGUGGUUUGCAUUGUGAGGUUUCCGGUUUGUUUUAAUAUAUUUGUGGUUUGCAUUAUGACGUUUAUGGUUUGCUUUUUGUGGUUUGAUUUACUGUGUUUGUGGUUUGCAUUAUGAGGUUUCUGGUGUGCUUUCGCAAAUGUUGUGGUUUGCAUUGUGAGGUUUCUGGUUAGCAUUGUGAGAUUUAUGGUUUGAUUUCUCAUUUUUUUUAUGCCUUUUAUGGUUUGCUUUAUUGUGUUUGUGAUUUGCAUUGAGAAGUUUCUGGUUUGGUUUCAAAAACUUUGUGGUUUGAAUUGUGAGGUUUCUGGUUGGUUUUAAUAUAUUUGUGGUUUGCAU